AUGAUUAAAGCCAGAGGUAACUUCACGGUUCUCUCUCGGACACUUACCCACCACAAGGUAUGCGUCAGAUUUGCCACUUCCUUGGUGUCCGGCGACUAUUCUUCCAAACUUCCAUACUCGCCAUCCGCCUACAAGCCAUUUGCGGUAAAUCAGUUUCCUCGGGACAUAGAAUGGUUGCUCAAGUCUGAAGAAAGUGAAACUGUUCCCGAAGAGAAGGAAGAGCCCCAAGAAGAUGACAAUAGCAAGGAAAUCAAAAAGGAUGAAGAGUCCGACGUUGAUGAUAAGAUCAAGAAGGACGAGGGUAACAAAGAAGAAGAUCUCGACAAAUCUGUUUCCGAAGAAGAUUCUACUGUAACUCCAGCUUCAAGCUCCAUCACCCCAACAUCCGCCGGUGGUGCUUCUGGUGGUGGUGGCAAUGGAAAUGGAUAUGGAAAUGAUGAUCCAAAGACCGGGGUAUAUCCGCCAUUGUUAGCAAUCCCUAUGAAAGACAGACCCCCACUUCCAGGACGUCCGUUUGCCAUCAACAUCACUGAUCCAGAAGUGAUAAGGUCCAUCUACACCAUCAUCGACAAGAGAGAACCAUACUUUGUAUUGUUUCAUAUCAAGGACCAAGAUAAGGGUGAUACUGAUAUCAUUCAAAGCAGAGAUUCGGUGUACGACGUCGGUGUUCAUUGUCAAAUUAUCAGACACACUUCCCCACGUCCCGGAACGUUUAAUAUUUUGGGAUAUCCUUUACAGAGAAUCAAGUUGGAGGACCUUAGUGCACCUGGCGAAAAGAAGGAUUCAAUAGACAUGGAUAAGUUUUCGACCUCCUAUUUAAAGGAUUUGAAAGUAUCUUAUGCCACGGUCAGACCUAUGGAAGAUGAGCCUUAUGAUUCCCAAUCGCCUGACAUCAGAUCUCUUAUUGAAGCAAUCAAGACCUUGUUGAGUAAAAUGGGCAGCAAAAACCCAUUGGAAAAGCUUCAAAUCAAGGAAGGCACUGAGCUUGUUAGCGAUCCACCCAAGUUUGCUGAUUUUGUUGGUUCUACCAUUCACGGUGAUCCAAAGAAGAUCCAAGAGAUCUUGGAGACGGUGGAUAUUGAAGAGAGGUUAUCCAAAGCUUUGGAAUUAUUGAAAGUGGAAAUGAGAGCUAAUCUUAUCAAAGAAAACACUAUCCAUAACUUGAGUAGUAAAGCUGAUGAAUUUCAAACCAAGUUAUUUAUCAAGGAGUUCAUCAAGGAAUUACAGAAAAGAGCAGGAAUCGCUGAGUCAGAAGAUAAGAAGACUCACAAGUUUGAUGAGAGAUUGAAACAUUUGAAGCUUUCAGAAGAAGCUAUGGAAGCCUAUAAUGCGGAAAGAGCCAAAAUGGAAAAUCAAAAUGAGCAUUCUAGUGAAUUAGGUGUCAGUGAACGAUACUUAGAUUGGUUGACUUCUAUUCCCUGGGGAAUUUACUCAAAGGACAGUUUCAAUAUCAAGGAAGCAAGAAAAAUUUUGGAAAGGGACCAUUACGGUUUGAAGGAUGUCAAGGAAAGAAUUUUGGAAUUCAUCUCAAUGGGUAAGAUUUCUGGUAAGGUGGAUGGUAAGAUCUUGUGUCUUGCAGGUCCUCCCGGUACUGGAAAGACUUCCAUUGCCAAGUCCAUUGCAGAAUCUUUGAACCGUAAGUAUGUCAGAAUUGCUAUGGGUGGUAUUCAAGAUGUUCAUGAAGUCAAAGGACACAGAAGGACUUAUGUUGGUUCUAUUCCUGGUCGGAUUAUCUCUGCCUUGAAACAAGCCAAAACCUCCAACCCUCUUAUGCUUAUUGAUGAAAUUGAUAAGUUGGAUUUGAGUCGUGGUGGAGGUGCUGCUUCUGCCUUUUUGGAAAUCUUGGACCCUGAACAAAAUAAUGCUUUUGUGGAUAACUAUAUUGAUGUUAAAGUUGAUUUGUCCAAAGUGUUGUUUGUUUGUACUGCCAAUUACUUAGGGAACAUUCCUGCUCCUUUGAGAGAUCGUAUGGAAAUCAUUAACGUCAAUGGUUACACCAACAACGAAAAGCUCGAGAUUGCCAAGAGACAUUUAAUUCCAGAUGCUGAAAAGAAGGCAGGUCUCGAAGGAAACCACGUCGCUAUACCUGAUGCAACAAUCAAGAGAUUAAUUGAGAAAUAUUGUCGUGAAAGUGGCCUUAGAAACGUCAAGAAGUUGGUGACUAGAAUCUUCAGUAAAGCUUCUCUCAAGAUUGCUGAACAGCUUGAAGAUUCACCAUUAGAAGCCAGUUCAGAAGCAUCCAAGGAAGCUGUAACAACAUCAGCCAGCUCUGGUCCAAAUGAACCUCUUACUGUUGCUCCUAAAGAAUCAACACAAGCCAGUGAACCUGUGGUAGCUGCAUCUUCUUCCAAAGAAACCAUAAAUGCUAACGCAGCUCGUGCUCCAGCUGUCGAUAUCGACGAACCUUUGAAUAAUCCUCAAGAUAUCAAGCCUAAUGAUAUCAAGGAAGUGGAUACUGAGAAGGGUUCUGAAGAAAAGAUUGAAAAGCUCAAGAUUCCAGAAGAAAUUAAGUUAGAGAUCACCCCUGAAAACUUGAAAGAUUAUGUUGGACCCGAAAUCUAUACUAGAGAUCGUGUUUAUGACAUUCCACCUCCAGGUGUAGCCACGGGUCUUGCUUAUAGUUCCUCUGGUAAUGGUGAUGCCUUGUAUAUUGAGUCCAUUUUGACCCAUUCAAUAGGCUCAGGAUCUGGACACGCUGGUAUUCAUGUUACUGGUAGCUUGAAGGAAGUUAUGAAGGAAUCGGCCUCCAUUGCCUACUCGUUCACUAAGCUGUUCAUGGUUAAGAACUUCCCAGAAAACAGAUUCUUUGAAGCUGCAGACGUUCAUGUUCAUUGCCCAGAUGGUGCUAUUCCAAAAGACGGUCCUUCUGCUGGUAUUUCAUUUACAUCAUCUUUGGUAUCCUUGGCCCUCAACAGGUCCUUACCACCAAACAUUGCCAUGACUGGUGAAAUCACAGUUACUGGUAGAGUGUUACCUGUUGGAGGAUUAAGAGAAAAGACUUUAGGUGCCAAGAGAUACGGCUGUGAUACCAUCAUUUUCCCUAAGGAUAUUGAAAACGAGCUUGAAGAAAUCCCAGAAGAAGUUAAGGAAGGUGUUACGUUCGUCCCUGUUGAAUGGUACCAAGAAGUAUUCGACAGAAUUUUCCCAGAUGUCUCUAAGGAAGAAUGUAAUAAUGUCUGGAAGGAAGAAUUCGCCAAGUUGGAUCAAAAGAAGAAGAAUAAAAGGUCUUCCACGUCUUCAAGAGGACAAAUUGCUUCUGCUGCAGCCUGAAAUCAUAACUUUGUAAAUAAGAUUCAUUAUACAUAUAUAUAUAUUAUUCGUGUCAUUUGUCCUCUUUCUUGAUAUUAGAAAAGAAGUUUCUCACUUCUUUUUCAGUCACAACCUUACCUUGUUCGGCAAACGGUUUGAAAAAGUCUUUAAGUUUCGAUCUAAUUUGAUUGUAAGCUUGUAACCCCUCAACAGCUUGUUCUCUGGGUAAAGACAGAAGUACAUCAGCUCCGAGUUCGAGAGUAGAUGAAGACUCGUCAUCUUCUGGGGGUUCAUAGACGGGAUCAGAUUCGUAAAGAUAGUCAUGAUUGAUCAAAAAGUUCUUGAUUUUAUCGUCUGUGGUUGUGUCUUUAAGCUG